UUAAAAAAAAAAAGUUGUCAAAAUGGCGGCGGCAAUAAUACAAACAUGCCAUGUCGCCUGUUCCGCCAACAGGACUCCACAUGUUGUGUCUUGGAGCCGGGGAGGGACCAUUGCUUUCGGGACGUGCAACUCGGUGGCGUUGUACGACCCCCAGGAAAGAAGAGUAGUUUGCACGCUGAAUGGACACACACUUCGAGUAAAUGCAGUCCGGUGGGUCCAUAGAGAAGAUUGUGCUCCUGAGAGUCACCUGAUCUCAGGAGGUUCAGACUGCCGUCUCCUCGUCUGGGCCGCUCAAAAUGGGAAGUUUGUGCAGUCGAUGGAGUGUAAAGGUCACACGGGUCCAGUUUGUGCCGUGGACGCACGAUACACGCACACGGACACACACAUCCUGGUGGCGUCGGCGGCAUCGGAUUCCACUGUGAGACUGUGGCUCUGUGACGCCAAACAGGCUGAGUGCCUCCACACGCUGUCAUUUGGCAGUGGCUUCAUGAUGGAUGUCUCCCUGGCCCUGCUGCCAGGCACUAAAGUUCCUGUAUUGGCCUGUGGGGGCGACGACUCUCGGGUACACCUGUACGUGCAGUCAUGCGAGCAGAAGCUGCAGAGAGUCAUGACGCUGCAGGGACACGAGGACUGGGUUCGAGGCGUCGCGUGGGCAUCUGUAGGUGGCGAUCUGCUGUUGGCCAGCUGCUCGCAGGACUGUCUCAUCCGAGUGUGGCGGCUGUGCGCCAAGUCCGGGAAGGGUGCCCGCAACGCCGGCGAGGAGGAGGACGACGGCGGCGUCAUCAAAAUGAAAGAGGACAUUUUUCAAGUGCAGCAGGAGGAGAGAGAUGUGUCCUCGGUCUUCGCCGUGUCUCUGGAGACAAUCCUGGCAGGACACGAGAACCGGGUGUACGGCGUCCACUGGCAGCCUCCUUCCUACGCGGGCGGCCAGCUGCAACAACCGCUCCGGCUGCUCUCCGCCUCCAUGGACAAAACCAUGAUCCUGUGGGCUCCAGAGGAGGGGUCCGGAGUGUGGGUGGAGCAGGUGCGUGUGGGCGAGGUUGGCGGCAACACGCUGGGCUUCUACGGCUGCCAGAUGAGUCCGGACGGGGCGCAGAUCCUCGCUCACGCCUUCCACGGAGCGCUCCACCUGUGGUGCAAGGACCAGCAGGAAGACGGAGAGUGGAGGCUUGGCGUGGUCAUAUCGGGUCACUUUAAUGCGGUCCAGGACCUGAGCUGGGACCCUGAGGGGGAAUUCAUUCUCAGCGUGGGCUCGGACCAGACCACCAGACUCUUCACGCCGUGGAGGAGGAGGGACAGCAAGCAGGCCACCUGGCACGAGAUCUCGCGUCCGCAGAUCCACGGCUACGACAUGCAGUGCCUGGCUAUGGUCGGGAGGUUCCGCUUUGUCUCCGGUGCCGACGAAAAGGUCCUGCGGGUCUUCCAGGCGCCGCGUAAUUUCGUGGAGAACUUUGCCAACAUCUCUGGGAGGUCCAAGGAAGAGCUGCUGGCAUCGGGCGACUGCGUGGGCCUGCCUGAAGGAGCCAGCACACCUGCUCUGGGGUUGUCCAACAAGGCCGUCUUUCAAGGGGACUUGUCGUCCGGAGCCAGAGGAGACCAGCAGCAGUUCAACAGCGUCUCCGAGCAGUACCAGGAGUCCUACUUCCAACCCAUCAACAUGACCGAACCUCCACCAGAAGAUCACCUGCUCCAGAACACGCUUUGGCCCGAGGUCCAGAAACUGUACGGCCACGGCUUCGAGAUGUUCUGCCUGGCGUCCGACAGCGCCAGGACGGCGGUGGCGUCGGCGUGCAAGGCGUCCAAGGCGGAGCACGCCUCCGUGCUGCUGUGGAGCGCCACCACCUGGCGCCAGCUGCAGGCGCUGGCGUGCCACGCCCUCACCGUCACCCAGAUGGCCUUCUCCCCGGACUCCCUGCUCCUGCUGGCCGUCUCCAGAGACCGCACCUGGUCGCUGUGGCGCCGCCGCGACCUCGCCUCAGACUUCCUGCUGCAGGCGCACACCCACACCCACACAGCCGUGCACACGCGCAUCAUCUGGUCAUGUGACUGGACCCACGACAGUCGCUACUUUGCCACCUCCAGUCGGGACAAGAAGGUGAUAGUAUGGGGACCGUGUACCUUGGACCACAUCAAGCCCUGUUCCUCCAUCUUGGAUGUGGGCGACUCUGCCACCGCUGUAGCUUUCUGCCCUCAACCCUACUCUGACAACAUGUACGUGGCAGCGGUGGGUUUGGACUGUGGCAAGAUCGUGUUGUACGGCUGGUCACAUGACCUACCACAGGACUGGGUCACGCUCGGACAAACUGACGCCUCACAAAGUCACAGUCUGGCGGUGAAGAGGUUAAGAUGGCGGCCUGCAGUGCUAAAAGACCAAGAGGAAGAGGAGGAGGCGGGGUCACGUGUCCAACUGGCGAGUGGCGGCAUGGACCACGCAGUCAAGAUCUUCCACAUCCACCUCAAGUCUCUCUAGCGCCACCUUUGACUUGUGGGACAAUAAAAACUUUUUCUUCUCACUUAAACUUCACCUCUUAAAUCUUCAAAGGACCAACAAACGUGCAGGACAUGACGCUUAUGUCGCUAAAGCUCGCGCCAUUUGUAAAAGACGAGCGAUGGCGUGGCCUUCCAUCCACACGUGUCGCGAGCGCGUCCUCAUGCUGACGUCCUUGACAUGACAUCUACGCCGUGCGAAACACAAACGUCUGAGGGGCCUUGAACGCACCAAUUUAGUCUGCUAAUAUCAAAUGUGAUGACAUCAUGUCCUCCUGCACGACUCUUCAUUAGGGACACUUGCCAAUCACAAUACAGUCAAUAAAAACAUCAUUAAAAUAUAAAUAAAUACAAUAAAAAAAUAUGUAUUAUUAAUAAUAAUUAUGUGUAAGUUAUCACACAACUCUUAUGAUUAAAGGCCGUUGCUAUAGUUAUUAUCUAUUAAGCUCUUUUCUGCUUCUAACUUGUUAUCUUCCACGGUAUAUGAGGGGUGGCCUCGCCGCAGAUGUUUUAUUUGUUUUAGCCAAGGACUUUAGGUACCUCAACGAAGAUAAGACGAAGGAGAGACAAGGCAUUCACAAGGCCCCCCAGCACAUUCUGUCACGUAUUGUGCGUACUGGAGCUGCUUUGCAUGAUAUGUGUGACCACUCCCUUUAGAGGCGGCCUCAGUGAUGUUAACUAGAGAGCUCCCAAAUAAAUAGAGGAGCGUGUGGGACUGUACCUUAGAGCGUGAUGGGAGACUGUAACUGAGUGUGCAGCCCCAAACGUUUCUCCUCAUGAGCAAAAUUGAA